AUCCUCCGCUUCUGUACUGCCUGCCUUCUGCGUCGGUCACUUACCUACUGUUCUCUUUCUCAUCCUCCCUUGCCUAUCUCUCUUCUUUCUCCCGGUCUACGUGAGACGACGCGCUGAAAAUGCCGCCUUCUGUCAUGUCUCGUCUCGCGGUUGCCUUUUUGGGCGCUGCGGCAAUGGUCCAGGCCGCGCCGGCCGCUGCUCCUGUCUCUGCAGGUGUCCAGGUCGAGCGGAGAGCUGUCAGUGACGAUCUGCUUGCUACAUUUGAGCACGUGCAGCAGUUUGCAGCAGCGUCUUAUUGCCCGGUGAACAACAACUCGACCGGCACCAAGCUGGCGUGCACGUCGGGCGUGUGUCCGCUCGUCGAGUCUGCGGAUACGGAAACUGUGCUGGAAUUUGAAAACUCCCUCUUAACAGACGUAACCGGCUACGUCGCCGUCGACAAAACCAACUCCCUCAUCGUCGUCGCCUUCCGCGGCUCCAACUCAGUGCGGAACUACCUCGCCGACAUCAACUUCCCCGCAAUCCCGGCAACGGACAUCUGCGCAUCCUGCACCGCAGACGCCGGCUUCUACACGUCGUGGCGCGAAGCACGGGAGGGCGUUCUAUCGGCCGUCGAAAGCGCCAUCACAGCCAACCCCGACUACUCGAUCAUCGCAACCGGGCACUCGCUCGGCGGCGCAAUCGCCAACUUCGCGGCGGCAGAGCUGCGCCUCAAGGGCCACAAAGUCAAGCUCUACACGUUCGGGGCGCCGCGCAUCGGCGACAGCAACAUCAGCGACUUCAUCUCGGACCAGGGCGACAACUUCCGCCUCACGCAUCUCAAUGACCCCGUGCCCCAUCUGCCGCCUAUUGCGCUCGGCUUCGUCCAUAUUUCCCCAGAGUACUAUAUCAGCGUCGAGAACUAUGUCGAGGUUACGGCGAAUGAUGUGACUGGCCCGUUGAAUGGCUCUAUCAAUCUGCAUGGGAAUACUGGCAAGCUGUUUUUGGAUGUCGAUGCCCAUGGCUGGUAUUUGGGUAAUAUUUCGAGCUGCUACCCGGAUGAUUUGUUUGAGUUUAGACGCAAGAGGGAUGUUGGGUCUGUGGAGCUGCCCGGGCUGUGAUGGGAGGCUGGUUUGUGCGUGUGGGUUUUAUAAGGUUAUAAUUUGGGUUGGGGGCGUUGGAGGGAAAUCUUUGAUACCAUUU